GAUGAGAAACGAUCUCUACAUAACGCUGGAGAAGGGCGAGUUCGAGAAGGGAGGAAAGAGCGUGGCGAGGAACGUAGAGGUCACCGUCUACGUGCUGGACGCCGAUGGACAGAUCCUCAAGGGGUUUGUGGCCGUGGGCUCGGGCGAGCCGGGCGGAGACGAGUAUCACACCUUCGUGCUUUACCACAACAACAGCCCGCGCUGGGCGGAGCUAAUCAAGCUGCCCAUCCCAGUCGACAUGUUCCGGGGCUCUCAUGUCCGCUUCGAGUUCCGCCACUGUUCCACAAAAGACAAGGGGGAAAAGAAGCUGUUCGGCUUCUCGUUCGUUCCUCUAAUGCAGGAAGACGGGCGGACUCUGCCCGACGGCACCCACGAGCUCAUCGUUCAUAAG